AUGUCUGCAGAGGAAAAGAUUCGCAUCUCGGGCGACGUCUCCCGCCCGGAUGCCUCACCCGUUCUGCCGACCGUCAACCCUCAACUGGAGAAGCCUCAGCCGACCAAGGCUGCUCUGCACCCGGCUCUCUACGUCCUGACCUGGAUCGGCUUCAGCUCGUCCGUCAUCCUGUUCAACAAAUGGCUUCUCGACACCCUAAACUUUCGCUACCCCGUCAUCCUCACCACAUACCACUUGUCUUUCGCGACCAUUGUCACUCAGGUCAUGGCGCGAUGGACGACGCUGCUUGAUGGCCGGAAAACCGUCAAGAUGACGGGCCGCGUCUACCUACGAGCCGUAGUCCCCAUCGGCGUCUUUUUCAGCCUGAGCCUGAUUUGCGGCAACCUGACCUAUCUAUACCUGUCCGUUGCCUUCAUCCAGAUGCUCAAGGCCACCACCCCCGUUGCCGUCCUCAUCUCGGGCUGGACUCUGGGGGUUUCGCAGCCCAACUUGAAGCAGUUCCUCAACGUCUCGGCCAUUAUCGGAGGCAUCAUCUUCGAGGCCCUUCGCCUCACCAUGGUCCAGCGUCUCCUGAGCUCGGCCGACUUCAAGAUGGACCCCCUCGUCUCUCUCUACUACUUUGCUCCCAUUUGCGCCGUCAUGAACGGAGUCGUCGCCCUGAUUUGGGAGAUCCCCAGAGUCUCGAUGGCCGAUGUCUACAACGUCGGCCUCUUCACUUUCUUCCUCAACGGCCUCUGCGCCUUUAUGCUCAACGUUUCCGUCGUCUUCCUGAUUGGAAAGACCUCUGCAGUUGUGCUCACCUUGUGCGGCGUCCUCAAGGAUAUUAUGCUUGUCAUUGCCUCCAUGAUGAUCUGGGGCACCCAAGUCACGCCUCUCCAGUUCUUCGGCUACUCGAUUGCUCUGGGCGGCAUGGUCUACUACAAGCUUGGCUUCGAGCAGCUCAAGGGAUACGUUGGCGAGGCGAACCGCCAGUGGGCUGAGUUUGGUGCGCGGAAGCCGGUGCUUCGCAAGAUUGCCGUGAUUACCAUGUCGGCCUUUGUUCUCUUCACCUUCUUUGGAGCGCUCGCACCCACCUAUGCGCCAAACUACGACCCCACCAAGCUCACCAACGAGGUGACCAGCCGCUUUGGCAAGGUUGACGCCCAAUGA